UCAGUGAUAGCUGCUUUUCCAUUUGAGGGAACGGAACGGAAAGCGGGGUCUGGCUGCUCGCCACUCCAAAGCCAGUGAAGAGGCCAGGCUGGCGGAAAGGAAAGUUUGCUUUAUUUUGGAUGCCGGUAACCAGGGCCGGGAGGGGAGGGCGGACUCGUGUCCAAAGGCCAGCUCCCCCCAGUGGCAACCAGUGGGCAAGAGCUUUUAUGGGCAGCGAGAGGGGGCUGCCUGCAGAAACAGCACAGGCAGCUCUGACGGUCAUCUUGAAAUCGGUCAUCUUGAUUGUUUUAAGUACAGUUAAUCUUCGGUUCCAGGGUCGGUUUGUUUCCAUUUCUUGAGGCCAGUUCUCGGAAUUGCGGCGGCUUAUGUCAUGGCUACAGCCUGGUCAUCACGUAGUUAACUUCCCCACCUGGUGUGGGUUUCGGAAUCUGUAAGACAGCUCACAGGACACGGCUCAGAAUAUGACCUAUAGCCCUUGAGAAGGAACCAAAGGUCCUUCCUUAUGCUUAAUGACUAAACUAGUAUUAUUUGGUCUCCUUCGACUGUUCGCCUUUGUUUCUGCAUUUUCUCGCUUCUCUGAUUAAACUUAUUCUGUGGCUAUAGUUUUUCCACAGACAAAGGGCAGGCAGAGGACCUGGGGGAAAAGGACCAUAGGGUGCUGCUCUGUUUCAGUAUCUUUACUGGAAUAAAUCGCCACAGUCCCUAGCAACUGUUACGCUGCUAUUGAUCUGCAAAGUACUUCUUCUCCUCUCUAACAGCCUGCAAGAACCACAAAAAGCCGCUUGCUUUUCUUGAGCAGGGCAAGCAGUGCACGUUCAUCAUCCUGCCGCAGGUCAAAUCAAUUUUCUGGCUCUCUGCCACAAGAUCAGCGGAGGCUUUUGAGUGUCGUAUCAUCCCACAGACUAUCCGGCUGGUCCACUCUGUUCGUGGUACCGUGGAUCCAGUGAACGGGAGUAGCAGGUUCUUCAGCCGCCCUGGUAACAUGUAGAUGAGCUACUCCGAGUAUGAAGCAAUGUAUGAUUCAGCAGGAAAACAGAGUAACUCCACGAAUUCAACAAGAAUUUAAUAUAAGGAAACGGUCAAACGGAACUAAAAUGAGACCAUCAAACGAACAGAGAUAGACCCCUAGUGCUGGAGAGCAAAGGCAAGGAACAGGGGUUCUGAGAGUCUAGAACUUGAAGGGAAAGCCCUACAGACCUUUGAAGGGGCAGCGUAUACUGACAGCAGAUACUGAUGCUUAAGGAGCUCAGAGGCGCGGUCCGAGAGUAAAAUCUGGGGCUUGGAGUUCUGAGCGCUUCUCAGUGGUCGCUGAAACCUCUGAGGGAGUACGAUGAAACCUGCUCCGGGAAUGCAAAACAAACAAACUAAAACAAACCAAAAAAACCCCAACCUGGACGCCGGCACCAACUGCGCCUGCCCGGUGGAGCUUUGUUGCCAUGGUGACCGUCAUCCAAACAGCCCUUCUCCUUUCCUCUGGCCUCCUGGUCGCUCUCUAGUUCCCCCUAGUGGCAGGAUUUAAUACAACUCAGCAAAGGAGAAACUACAGUGCCGAGUUCCAACUCUGUGAGGCAGAACCUAGAAGGGUGUACUUGAAACAGAGACCUAUUUGCUUCACAGUUGGUACAUUUGCUACAGGAAAAAAUUCUAACUCCUUAGCAAGACUGUUCUCAGUCAAGCCCCAAUCUAUAGCCUUAACUUACCUCUCUAGCCAUCACCACCGAAAUCUUGGGGUGGCCCCACAUGCCAAAGCCUAAACACUUUCUCUGACCUUAAUGGGUUAUUUGUUAUUCCUUAAAACUCAUAAAAACUAUCAUAUCAUAGAUCCUGUCUGCUUCUGCUAACACUAGUCACUCUGUGUGGGACUGUCCCCUCCCCUCUUCGUUCCACAGAUUUCCAUGAUCGUCUUAGAAAUAUCAUUUAAACUUACUGAGCCCUAUGUGUGUACACUGUUCCAGGAUCUUCACUCAUUUAACUUGUUAAUUUAAUCCUUCAACACAACCCUGUGAGGUAUACCCUAUUUAUUUCCAUCUUUUACAAAUAAAACUGGUUAAAUAACUUGCCCAAGGUCACAUAACUAAUAAAAAAUAGACCUGGUGCUCCAAAGCCUCUGCCUUAACCAGUUCAGAAUACUGCCUUAUAAGAUUCACAUCAAAGGUCACCUCCUCUGAGAGGACUCCUACACUCCCUCAGGCCAAAUUAUUUGCUUCCUCCCUGAUACUCAUAUAUUUUUACCAUGGCAGAGCUUUUCAGGGUGCAUGAUCUUUUUUCAGGUAUUUAUAUCUCUGUACCUUCUAUAAAUAAUCUAGUGCACAGCUGCCCAGUAGAUCUUCCUGCAGUGAUACUGCGGUAUCUGUGUUGUACAAUGUGGUGGCCACAAGCCCCAUGUGGCUACUGAGCAGUUGAAAUGUAGCCAGUGUUACUCACUUUAUUUUACUGAAAUUUAUUUAAAUUUAAAUCGGAACAGCCACGUGGGGCUAGUGGCUACCAUAUUGAAUAGUGAAGACCUAGUGCAUAGCAAAGCACCGAAUAAUAAUUCCUCAAAAAAAAAGUUCACCAAGUGGAUGAAUCAUCCGUGAAAAACACAUUGGGCAAAGAAAAAACACUUGUAUAGCUGCGUUUUUGUUUUUCUUUUUCACCACAUACAGACUCACAUUGGUUUACUUGAUUAAUAAACAUGUCUAUGAAUACACAUUCAACUAAAUAUUAUAUAGCUCCACUCUCAAGAUCUAUCCCAUAUUUUAUCUUGCACAAUAAUAUGUAUCACGAACCACAUUUUUUUUUACUGUAAGACUUUUUAAAGGAUGUUAACAACUCUGCUGUGUAAAUAUUUAAUUUAUAAUUGUCUGUCCCUGCUCUGCAAUCCUUUUUUCUUCCCCUCUGUACUGUUCACUGAUAAAUCCCAAGCGACUAGCUCAGGGUCUAGUAGGGACUCAAUAAAUAGUUUUCGAAUGAAUGAAUGAAUCAUGCCUACUGGGGCAUCUUUGUAAAGUGUGAAAAUCGAAUUUACAAAUCGCUUUCAAAUAUGUAAUUUUUAUGAACACAGCGUAAUAAUUAAGGAAAUAGGUACGUUAAAUUUUGUAGCCAUUAAGCAUCUAUUCAUUUUAAUUUUGAGGAUUUUUUUCAUUGGCAUUUUGGAACAAAACCCUAUCGUUUCCAAUUUCCACACGAAAACUGUCUUUGUCCUCUGAAAGGUCCUCACAACCUCCUCCAACUGCUUGACUGAAACUAGGCCUUCGACGGGGCAGAAACCACGAUAUUCAAAAUGUCAAUUUCUAAGGGAUGGCUCUAAAUCGGUUUUUCUUCACGCCAAUUAAAACGGAGAUUGAAAGCUCCGCCCAAGGCUUAAGCUCCCGGAACCAAGUCCUCAGUGAAGCCAGGGAAGCGCGUCCACCAACCCGGAGCCGCAAGACCCCAAACUGGAGGAGCAGCAAGGCCCAGGGCGCCCGCGCCGAGGCCCCGCCCCGACGAGGCCCCGCCCCCGACGAGGCCCCGCCCCCGACGAGGCCCCGCCCCCGACGAGGCCCCGUUUCCGGUGCUGCCCUAGAAACCCAGAAAGCGCCAUGGCUGCCGCCGGUCUGGGAGGAGAGCUUUUGGCACUGCCGACGGUACCCAAGUCACCGUCACUUGCGCCACGUCCAGCCGCUCCCAUGCGAGGGAGGCCUAAGAAGUGUCUGGUCUAUCCGCAUCCCCCGAAGAGCUCCCGCGUGUCUCCGUCGGUUCUGCGCUGGCUCCAGGGCCUGGAUCUCAGCUUCUUCCCCAGAAACAUCAGCAGCAGGUCCUCCUUGGAGCAAUGGUACAACAAAAUUCUGGAUUUUUCAAAUGGCUUCCUGAUAGCAGAAAUACUCACUGUACACUACCCCUGGGACCUUAAGUUGUCAUCCUUUAAAAAUGGAACUUCUUUAAAAGUCAAGUUGGAUAACUGGGCGCAGUUGGAAAAGUUCCUGGCAAGAAAAAAACUUAGAUUACCUAAAGAACUAAUCCACGGAACAAUUCAUUGUAAAGCCGGAGUACCUGAAAUACUGAUACAGGAGGUGUACACCUUGUUAACACAUCGAGAAAUUAAAAGUAUCCAGGAUGACCUUGUGAAUUUCACAGACUACAGUUACCAGAUGCAGUUGCCCCUGGUCCCCAGAUCGACAGCUUCAAAGUCUAUUAAAGAUAACAUUCGGUUAUCAGAAUUAAUAAGCAAUCCGAACAAGCUCAACAAUGAACGUAAAGUAGAGUUCCUCUUCCUUUUACAAAUGUUGCAAAGAAAAUUGAGCAGAAAACUGAAUCCAAAAUGGUUUGAGGUCAAACCAACAGUGGGAGAAUCGACUUUCAGACAUGGUCCUGCCCAAGCCUCUGGGUGCAAAUGUAAUUCGGUCGUUUCGAAGGAAAGAGUUGCUCCUGUGUGUUGUAAUGGUGGCAGUCCACUUAAGGAAAUUCACAUGAAGCAAGCUGGAAAACAUUCUUUUGACUCUAUGAGGCCUAUCAGAAACAUGGAAGAGGAACCCAGAAGAGCCCCUGUCUGAUGGGCUUUGAAGAAGCGAUGCCACCACCUCUUGCCGCUCUAAAGGGAUACAAUCACCUAGUCUUGGAUAUAUUUCAAUAAUAAGUAAAUUAAAGGGGUGUCUUAUCUGUAGUUGGGCUGAAGAACGUAUUUUUUAAUUCAAUUCAACAACCAUUUAUUCAACAC